CCAGUAGCUGGACUAGCUAGCAUUAAGUCCAUAUUCUCACACGCACUAAUAAUACCACAACUAAAGAAAACUAAAAGGAAAAAGAAUGGCUGAAAAAGAAGAGUGUACAGAGAUGAAGAAGAAGAUGAUGAGCCCAAGAGUUGAGAUUGACACCACCCCGCCAUUCGAGUCUGUCAAGGAAGCGGUGGACCGUUUUGGCGGGAGUGGCCCUUGGUUUCCCCAUCACCUCCUCCGAAUGCCUCUUCGUGAAGAAAAUCCGGGCACGUUAGAACUAAACAAAAUGGAAGAGGGAACAAAUGAUUUCGAACGGGAUUUGAUCAUGAAGGAGCAAGAAGCACUUAAUGUGUUGAAAGAAGUGGAAGCAGCAAAACGAUAUGUAGAAGGACUAAAGUUAAAUUUGAUGGAAGAUGAAGUGUCUGCUUCUUCUUCUUCUUCUUCUUCUUCUAUGUCAUCAAGCCCGGGUUUUAGCCCAUCAGAAAGAUUGGCUUCUUUUACACCCAUUCCUUCCCCGGGCAAUGUUCUGAUGGAGUUGAACCAAGCAAAGGAGGACCUCAAUAAGAUGUCGAUGGACCUUUCUGUCAUCCGCACUUCUGUUCAGUCUCUCAACAAGGAAGUUAAGAAUGAAAGGAGGCUUCUUAGUGAGAACGGCGGGAGGGAAUGUCGUGAGAGGGUUGUUGAGGAAAGUAUGGAUGACAUUGAUGAUGAAGAGGACUGGGGGGUGAACUUUGAGUCUGAACAGUGUAAGAAAAUGGCAGAUGCAUCAAGCUAUCAGGUCAUGAAGGCAACACUAGAUAUCGAACGAAUGAAGGAAAGCAUGAAGAUGGCUGAACUGAGGUUGACUGCGGCCAAGAAGAUAGAGGAAGCUGCCAGAGCCUUGGAAGCCAUUGCCAUUGCUGAAAGGAAGGCGUUAUGGAAUGCCAAACGCUUUUUUCAGGUACCCUCUGCUAAGGAGAUGACACUCCUGGAUGAGAAACAAUACACCCUCACACCAAAAGUUGAAGAACAGUGUAAGACCAAAUUUGUGGACUCAAAUGCCGAAGUUAUCAUCGCCGGAAAGAAGCAAUUAGAAUCCAUUCAAAACCACAAGAACCACCCAAAAGAAGCUCUGGGUCAUUUAGCUAGGUUAAGGGAUUCAAAACCUGCUAAGAUCCUGGAGGAAAAAGAACCAAACACGCCAAAAGACAAACAUGUUCCGGGUUUCAAGCCAUCAGUUUCAAUUGGGGACGUGCUGAGCAAAAAGGUGGAGGAAGAAGAUGAUGAAACAGAGAAACAUCAUGUGCCAUUUAGCCAGAUGCUUCGAGAGCAGAGCGGGAUCUCAUUGGGUCCAGGCAAGCCUGGGAAAGACGGGGGCUUGCAGAAGCAAUAUGUUGCGCAGAGGAAGAAGUUUGGGUUCAUACAAGUUCCUCUUGCCAAUAAACAGAACAAGAAAAGGGGUCAUU